AUGCAAAGAUAUAUAGUAGCUAGUCGAAUAAAUGUUGCACCUGGUGUAGGUCAGGUCGCUAGAAGAGAAGAGACAUUUGGAUUGGUAAUAUCAUGUCUUGCAGGCCCUGCAUUGAAUUGGUAUAAUACCCGCAUUAAGGGCAAAAAUUGGAGAUGUAAUAAUCUCUCAGAUAACUUAGGUGCUGGAAAUGGUGGUAAUCAGAUUGGUGGUUUGAAUACUGCAAGAGAAUUUCGUAACAAAGCUGGAGCAGAAAUUGGUAGAAUUAGAGCAGGUGUUGCAACUGGUGCUGAUAUUAUUCCGAAUAGAACAUGGGAUGAAGACUGGUCUAUAGCCAGUGGUGAACCUACAGAUAAUGCACUAGUCGCACCAAAUGCUGGCAGAGGUUUUCCUGCUGUUACAAUUGCUCCUGGUAUUAAGCUUGGGCAACUCCUUUAUCUAUUUAGUACUUCUUAUACGAUGGUUAAACACUUAAAACAAAUGGCAGUUUUUGGUCAACUUAUGCAAAGAGAUAUGGGUGUUGAAGAGUUCUCCACUCGAAUCAAAAAGGUUGGUAAAUUGGCUGGAAUGUCACCUGAACAACAAAGAGAGCAAUUUAUUUGUGGCUUAAAUCCUAUGAACCAAUAUAAUAUUCGAAUGAUGGCUAAAUUUGAGGAUACUCAGGAAAAUAUCACAAGAGCCUUAGCUGAAGCGGAAAAAUUUACACUUUUUCAAAGAAAUGCACCAUCUUCUCUUCUUGUUUUUCCGGCAGCCAACCCUACAUAG